GAUGCUGUUCUUGAUGAGCUCGGGGAAGAGAGAGAGCCUUGUCAGAGGGGAGGACAAAGGCUCCUGUCCAAUGUCCAGGAGGCCAAGCAGAACAGUCUCCCCUGAAAUACACAUAUACACACACAUUCACACUGACACACACUCUCAUACUCAUGCGCACACACACACACACACACACACACACACACUUUCACACAUGUAUACUACCAUCAUCAAACCUUCUGUGGACAGAUACCCAGGGACCUGUAUCUCAGGGAGCCCGCAGGACUGAGCAACUGGGCAUGUGCACUCCCCGCUCCGCUACUUAAAGGUGGGGACAGACCCCGUGGCUGUGAGUCGCCAUAGCUGUGACACUCGUUCCUUUGUGCUUCACUGGACACAGCAGUCAUCAGCUCGAAGAGCAGCUCCAGGCUCGGUCCAUGCUGGAUGCAGGAACAGGCAGCCAGCCAAUCAAGCAGGGAUGCUAAGGAAGGAGGAAAUUUGGGAGACGGGGCACAGCUAAUAUCCUGAGCACCUUGUGCCCUUGACUUCUCUGUGGGCUUGAGAAAGGACGGCCCUACUUCAGGAUGAACCCUCCUUCAGGGCCCAGAACCCAGGAGCCCAGCUGUGUGGCCACCCCAGCUUCACCCAGCAGGUGGGACGGCUACCAGAGCAGCACUUCCAGCCUGGACCAACCUCUACCCAUCAGUCCCACGGCAGCGAGGGCUCAGGCUGCUGCCUGGAUACCUUUCCCCACAGUUGAUGUUCCGGACCAUGCCCACUACACCCUGGGCACAGUGAUCCUGCUGGUGGGGCUCACGGGGAUUCUGGGCAAUCUGAUGGUCAUCUAUACCUUCUGCAGAAGCACCUCCUGACAGCUUCUGACCCUCCACAGGAGCAGAGGACUCAGGACACCUGCCAACAUGUUCAUUAUCAACCUCGCGGUCAGUGACUUUUUCAUGUCCUUCACCCAGGCCCCUGUCUUCUUCGCCAGCAGCCUCCAUAAGCGGUGGCUCUUCGGGGAGGCAGGCUGCGAGUUCUAUGCCUUCUGUGGGGCUCUCUUUGGCAUCACCUCCAUGAUCACCCUGAUGGCCAUUGCUCUGGACCGCUACCUGGUGAUCACGCACCCACUGGCCACCAUCGGGGUGGUGUCCAAGAGGCGGGCGGCGCUUGUCCUGCUGGGCGUCUGGCUCUAUGCCCUAGCCUGGAGUCUGCCACCCUUCUUUGGCUGGAGUGCCUACGUACCAGAGGGGCUGAUGACCUCCUGCUCCUGGGACUACAUGAGCUUCACGCCAUCAGUUCGAGCCUACACCAUGCUCCUCUUCUGCUUUGUGUUCUUCUUGCCCCUGCUGGUCAUCAUCUACUGCUACAUCUUCAUCUUCAGGGCCAUCCGGGAGACAGGCCAGGCUCUCCAGACCUUCAGGGCCUGCGAGGGUGGUGGUAGGUCCCCCCGGCAACGGCAGCGGCUGCAGAGAGAGUGGAAAAUGGCCAAGAUCGAGCUGCUGGUCAUCCUUCUCUUCGUGCUCUCCUGGGCCCCCUACUCCAUUGUGGCCCUGAUGGCCUUUGCUGGGUACGCGCAUGUGCUGACACCCUACAUGAACUCGGUGCCAGCUGUCAUCGCCAAGGCCUCUGCCAUCCACAACCCCAUCAUUUAUGCCAUCACCCACCCCAAGUACAGAAUGGCCAUUGCCCAGCACCUGCCCUGCCUGGGGGUGCUGCUGGGCGUGUCGGGCCAGCGCACUGGCCCCUACGCCAGCUACCGCUCUACCCACCGCUCCACACUGAGCAGCCAGGCCUCGGACCUCAGCUGGAUCUCUGGACGGAGACGCCAGGCAUCCCUAGGCUCAGAGAGUGAGGUGGGCUGGAUGGACACGGAGGCAGCAGCUGUGUGGGGGGCUGCGCAGCAAGUGAGUGGACGGUUCCCCUGCAGUCAGGGCCUGGAGGACAUGGAAGCCAAGGCCCCUGCCAGGCCCCAGGGACGGGAAGCAGAGACGCCUGGGCAGGUGAUUGGGCCCGGCACCUGCCAGUCUAUAAGGGGGUGGGGACAGGGGGCAAGUAGCCCAGGGAGUGGACUGGAAAGGGGAACUGUUCCUGUGGGUGGGCCCAAUGCCCUCUGGGAAUCACUCCCUCCCCACCCAGAUUUCCCUUGCCUGCCUGGGGUGCCUGGGGGUCUCUGUGACUCCAAGAUGCUCCGAGCAUGCCUGAAUGUGGUCUGUGACUGUACCUGAGAGUGUCUGUGAUUGCGUGACCCUGACUAUGCACAUGCAUGGCAGGUGGUGGUAGCUCUACAGUGCUGUGAUGAUUGUAUAGCUUGUGUGUGUAAGUAUGUGUGACCGUGACAGUAUGUGGUAUGUGGUGUGCAGUGAGUCAGUGGAGUGUAACUUGUGCAUGUGUGUGACCAUGUGCCCAGCACAUAUUCUCUGUCUCUGUGACACCACAGGGCAUAGGACUGAGUAUGCCCCAACCUGUCCGCUCUAAACUGCGUGUGCCCACGCUGUCUGCGUGACUGGAGGCUGGAUGUACCUGGGGGGUGGGUGUUGUAAGCUGUUAUGUGCUCGCUAUGAAUGCCCUGAGAUUAGGAUGUCACCCAGAAUACUUGUGGCUAUUAAAAGAAGGCCAGCUGUCAGCCCAAGUGCCUAUGGAACGGAAUGUCGAUGGCGAUUAGAGAAGGCCAUAUUCUGGAACGCUGGAAAUGCCGUGUGCACAGGCCCCGAGGCUACCCUUCCCCCUCAGCUGACAGCUCUCUACCCAGCCCCUCUGUUCACACUGGUGCAACACCCCCAGCUCCUGGGAUCUCUUGGGCUUCCCUAGCAAGCCUAAGACCAUGUCCUGCCUUACGUCCCCAAGGCUGCCCCCUGGGUGUCCCAGAGAGGGGGAGCCCUGGGCUGCCCCCUGCAGUUGCAGAAUCCCUGCCUCUCCCAGGAGCACAGCUCCCUCGAUGCUCCAGCUCCAGGGACGACUCACCCCCUAGCCCUGACCCUGGGCACUGUGAACAGCCACAGAGGCCAGGACGGAGACAAGCAGUGAGGAAAGGCAGUGGAGGGAAUGUCCUGGAGGGAAUACUGGGCCGGGCUAGGGCACUGGGCAGGGAGGGACAGCAUAUCAGCCAUCACCUAACACGUGUGAUAAGCACUGCCAUCGAGGUAUCAGCACACAGGGUGCUGAAAGCAGAGGCAAGUCCCCGAGGCCUCCCCAGGAAAAGGUGGAGGUGAAGCAAGGGUUGCCAGGCAGGAUGGGGGUGAUGUUGAGCAGUCCAGGCCAAGAAAAGAGCCUGUGUGAACACAGUGGAGCCACUGGGGAGCUUGGCGUGUCCUGGAACAGAAUGUUGCUCUGUGACCCAGGAGCAGCCAGAGGGACUCCGGGAGCUAGUGGUGGGGAGAGAAGAGGAGAAAAGAAGGGCAAGAAGUGGUAGGAACUGUGGGGAGGCCCAAUCAGAUACUGACCUGAGGGGUCUCUAGCCUUGACCCUGGGGGGAGCAGGGAGCCCCUGGAGGACUUAGCUAGGGCUUUGAGGUAGGCUCGGUCGACCUUGCGGGGUGGUUGGUUUCCCUGCAGCGGCUGGAGAAGGACAGCUGGAAUGUAAUGAGCGGGCAGGGAGAAGCCUGGAGGAAGCUGGUGCUGUAAGACAGGCAAGAAAUGAGGCGACUGCGGGCCGCAGGGCGAGAGGAG